UCCUCGGGACUCGCGGGCUCGGCUCGGCUCGGCCUGGCCCAGCCUGAUGCGGAGGAGCCGGGCCCCGGUAGCGAGGACGCGCUUCGUCACUAUCCCCGCCGGAGCCUCGGCUGCCUGGCGCUGCUACCUCCGCCCGGCCCGCCUUUUGCGAAACUGACGCGGUCUGGUAGGGGAGCCUGGGCUCGCUGGUGGCCGGAGGCCUGGCCUCUGCUUGGCCACUCACUCUCCCUCAGAGCCACCGUUCUCCAGCUUUAAGAUGGAGGACGGCAGUAUCUGCCCUACCUACACCACUCGGUGAUUGCAGGGGUGACAGUGACUGUCUGGAAACUAGGGAGCGCUGGUUCUCCACUGGGCAGCCAGUAGAAUCAUUUGGGAAGCCUUCCCAGGGUGAGCCCCAUCGUCUCCAGGGAUUUUGAUCUGCAGCCGGGACCGGGAAACGCGGGCCUAGAGUGACAACUGUGGUCACCACCAGAAUGUACCCUUCGUCGAAGGGUGGAAGAUGUCUAUGGAUGUGACGUUUCUUGGGACUGGUGCAGCGUAUCCAUCCCCUACUCGGGGUGCCUCUGCUGUGGUCUUUCGGUGUGAAGGCGAAUGCUGGCUCUUUGACUGUGGAGAGGGGACACAGACACAGCUUAUGAAAAGCCAACUGAAGGCAGGGAGAAUUACCAAGAUUUUCAUCACRCAUCUUCAUGGAGACCAUUUCUUUGGCCUUCCCGGCCUCCUCUGCACAAUCAGCCUGCAGAGUGGCUCUGUGGUCACCAAACAGCCAAUUGAAAUCUAUGGCCCUGUAGGACUUCGAGACUUUAUCUGGCGAACCAUGGAGCUCUCUCACACAGAGUUGGUGUUCCCUUACGUGGUCCAUGAGCUGGUGCCCACAGAAGAUCAGUGUCCUACAGAAGUACUGAAAGAAUCUUCACAUGUUGAUAAAGCAACAGAGAGCCCCCCCUCUCCCAAAGAGGGACAAGGAAGAACUAUCCUAUUAGAUUCAGAAGAAAACUCAUACCUUCUGGUUGAUGAUGAACAGUUUGUUGUAAAAGCAUUUCGCCUCUUUCACAGAAUUCCUUCCUUUGGGUUUUCAGUUGUAGAAAAGAAACGCCCAGGUAAACUCAAUGCACAGAAGCUGAAAGACCUUGGUGUUCCGCCAGGUCCUGCCUAUGGGAAGCUGAAAAAUGGAAUCUCUGUUGUUCUGGAAAAUGGGGUUACAAUUUCUCCCCAGGAUGUCUUAAAAAAGCCUAUUGUUGGAAGAAAAAUAUGCAUAUUGGGUGAUUGUUCUGGGGUUGUAGGAGAUGGAGGAGUGAAACUGUGCUUUGAAGCAGACCUGUUGAUCCACGAGGCAACCCUGGAUGACACCCAGAUGGACAAAGCAAAGGAGCAUGGCCAUAGCACACCUCAGAUGGCAGCAACGUUUGCAAAAAUGUGCCAAGCAAAGAGGCUGGUUCUUACUCAUUUCAGUCAGAGGUACAAACCAGUUGCCUUGGCCAGAGAAGGAGAAACAGAUGGCAUUGCGGAACUGAAAAAGCAAGCAGAAUCAGUGUUAGAUCUCCAAGAAGUGACUCUAGCAGAAGAUUUUAUGGUGAUUGGCAUUCCAAUCAAGAAAUGAAACAGGUGUUCUUAUUGACAUGUCUGUAAAUGUUACUGAACCUACAGUCCAGAUUUUUUUUUCUUUUGUUUUUGUUUUUGGUCUGAAAUUAUUUUGGCCCUGAUAAUCCUAAAAAGGAUGGAGCUGCAUUAUUGAUCUAACUCAUUAGUGAGAGGGAGCAAGCUUUUUGAUAAUAAAUCAUUUUUAGAAGAAGAAAAAAAAAMCACCCAGCAUCCUUCUUAAAGUGCAUAUUUGACAAAAAGAUAGAUUUUGCAGGUAUUCUUCUCAUUUUCUGACUACUGCCACAGAUGUAAGCCAUGCAGUCCUGGACUUAGCUUCUACCCAGCUUUAUUGCAGUAAUUGGCAAAGUACACUGGAAUCGGCCUCUUGGCUAGAAAUGGUAUUUUGUCAGUUUGUGUUGAAUCUGUUCAUGUUAUUAACAGAAGAGAAAGAGCGAGUCACAAGACUUUGUAUAUGUAAUAGUAACAAUAGCAUGCAGUGGUUUUACUGGAUUAUUGAAUUCAGGGCUUCGCUAAGUGAUAUGUUAGUGUUUUGCUGAAAUUUUUGGUUUGCUCUUAGCCCACAAUUCUCAUCUGAGUACUGUCCUAGGAAUUUGGAAAUUGUGGGAAUGUUUUAUUCUCACAAUGACAGAGGGGUGGUAGUGAUAAUAUUACUGGUUUUAAUCUGCAGGGGUCAGGAAUGCUAGAUGCCCUGUAAAGUUUGGGUUAGUCCUGUAGAAUAAAGAAUAACCUCAUCUCCAAAUGCAUAUUGCAGGCCUGUUGAGUUAUACAGCAAAGUUAAAAUUUAUACUUCCAAUGUGAAUAUGCUUUACCAAAAUUAGUGACAUACUGAGUUGAAUUACUAGGUAAAUUGAUCCAACAACAGAUCCUGAAGAUUGAAUAUGUCAGAAUUGUAUGCUCUAUCUAAUAUUUUUUGAAAGAAAUGAGUCAUCAAGUGAAGCUUAUGAAUCUGGAGGUAAAAAGUGGUAUUUAUUACUGAGAUUUAAUUUACAUGUCCCCAUUAAUAAUAGAAAUAUAGGAUACCAUAAAAAUACCAUAUUUAAGAGUUAUCAGGAUAGAGGAAGGCAUAGAGUUCCAAACCAAAGGAAUGAACAAUCUAUUCA